UUCUGAUCUGGGCAUGCUCAGUAGUCAGUGAGGGGAGGAGGGGAGAAAGGCUCUCCUCAUCCCCGCUGGAGGAACCCUCUCGCCCGAGUCUGGCUUCAGGCUCCACCGUGGCAGAAGAGCAGACGGCAGGGGCGACGGCGUCCUGGAGACCAAAGAGAGAUGGAAGCGGAGGCGCCGGCGUCGUCCCGGUUGGUGGAGGAAGAGCUAGAUAUGGAAGUAAUGAAGCCUUUGAUAGAUGAACAAAAUUUAGAUGGUACAUCUGAUGAGGACCACGAACAUGAACUAUUGCCUGUUCAGAAACAUUACCAAAUUGAUAGUCAAGAUGGCAUUUCAUUUAUACAAACCCUUAUGCACCUGCUUAAAGGAAAUAUUGGAACUGGCCUUCUAGGACUCCCACUGGCAAUAAAAAAUGCCGGUAUUGUGCUUGGACCAAUCAGUCUUGUAUUUAUAGGAAUUAUAUCUGUUCAUUGUAUGCACAUGUUGGUACGUUGCAGUCACUUUCUCUGUCAGAGGUUUAAAAAAUCUUCAUUAGGUUAUAGUGACACUGUUUGUUUUGCUAUGGAAGUAAGUCCUUGGAAUUGCAUCCAAAAAAAAUCUUCUUUGGGAGGGAAUAUUGUGGACAUUUUUCUGGUGAUAACACAGCUGGGAUUCUGUAGUGCUUACAUUGUCUUCUUAGCUGAGAAUGUGAAGCAAAUUCAUGAAGGAAUUUCAGAGAAAGUGUUCUCUCUGAAUGGUACUGAUGAAGCAACUUUACAUGGGAGAAGAAGUGUUGACCUGAGGAUGUAUAUGCUUUGCUUUCUCCCAUUUGUAUUUCUUUUGGUCCUCGUUCGUGAACUCAAGAGCUUGUCUGCCCUUUCACUCCUUGCCAAUCUUUCCAUGGCCAUCAGUCUUAUAAUAAUCUACCAAUAUGUUGUUAGAGAUAUACCAGAUCCCCGAAGUCUUCCAGCUGUGGCUGGUUGGAAGAAAUAUCCACUCUUUUUUGGUACAGCUGUAUUUGCUUUUGAAGGCAUUGGAGUGGUACUCCCAUUGGAAAAUCAAAUGAAAGAAACAAAACGCUUCCCAGAAGCAUUGAACAUUGGCAUGGGGAUUGUUACUACUCUGUACAUAACAUUAGCCACCCUCGGAUAUAUGCGUUUUCAAGAUGAAAUCAAAGGCAGCAUAACUUUAAAUCUUCCUCAAGAUGAAUGGUUGUAUCAAUCAGUGAAAAUUCUGUAUUCCUUUGGGAUUUUUGUGACUUACUCAAUUCAGUUCUAUGUUCCAGCAGAAAUCAUCAUUCCAGGAAUUACAUCCAAAUUUCAGAAUAAAUCAAAGCUAAUAUGUGAACUCAUUAUUAGGACUUUCUUAGUUUUUAUUACAUGUCUCGUAGCAAUCCUGAUUCCUCGUUUGGAUAUAGUGAUUUCCCUCGUUGGAGCUGUGAGCAGUAGUACAUUGGCACUCAUUCUGCCACCUUUAGUUGAAAUUCUUAUAUUUUACAAGGAAAGUUUCAGCCUGUGGAUGAUUCUCAAAGAUAUCUUGAUAUUAGUCAUUGGAAUUGCUGGUUUCUUAAUAGGCACAUAUGUAUCUAUUGAAGAAAUUAUUUAUCCUGCUACUACAUUAUUGCCUAAUGCUACACAAGGUCCAACUAUAAGUCUAAAUUCAACUUAUGUGGCAUCUGGUUUCAAGUAGUGGUGAUAGGAUCGCAAAACUUCUACUCUUUGUUUAACUGUGAAAAUGCAUUAUAAGAUGAAAACUAGGAGAACAUAUUUUAAAAACACUUUUUUUUACAUUUUUUUCAAUCUUAUAUUAUAACAAGUGUCCAUUCUUUAUUAGUAACAGUAUAUUAAAAUUAUUUACUUUGGUGAAACUGUACCAUUCAGCCUCAACAAUUUCAAAGAAAAUCAAAAGAUCUAGAAAUUAAUGUACCUUUUUAACCUUCUUUUGUUAUACCCUACCUCAUCCAGAAACCUUUCAAGCCAGACUUUUUUUUUUUUCUGUUUAGGAGAUAGGCUAUUCCAUGCUUGGCUGUUAUCCUGUCUGUGGGAACAGGAAGACUUUUAAUAAUAAAUACCUUAAAAGUUAAUCAAGAAGAAAGAAAUAUCUUCCCCAAACUAUCAGAGUGGAUAUUAGCACAUACAUUGUAAAGAAUGUAAAGGAUUAUGAUUUUAUUUUUAUUAAUUAUUUACUAUUAAUCAGCUAAAAAAAAUGCAGUGAACUCCUAUUUGUCCAAAAUUCAAGCAAUCAAAAAGCAUAUAUAUAAUAUAUAAUUUCUUUUAUAGUUCUUUACAAUUAUUAUUGAUAAUGAUAAUAAUUACAACUUCCCAAUAAAAUCCUGAAAUGCCUUCUGAAUUAUAUUUAUUUUAGUCUAUUUUUAAGACUCUUAGUUAACCUGAAUAUUCAGUUAAUAACAAUAUUCCCAUAUCCAACUAUGCCAAAUAAGAGGUUAUUGUACUUUUGAUGAAAGCUGUCGUCUUCUCUGUGUGUGCAGGAAGUCAAUAAUGUAUGUUUUCUCUCUUCUCUGAAACAGAGAUGAGGAAGUAUAGCUCUAUCCACUUUUCCUUGAACUAUUUUCUUCUAAGUACAGGUUGGCCUUUGCUGGAGAGAAUUUCAAGGCAGUCUAAAAGGCCUAAACUUUGGCAACUUGAAGAAUGAUUGAGUGGAAAAGUCCAGGCCAUCAUUGACUCUUCAUUUGUUGGACACCUUUGGCAGUGUGAUUGCUGGUUAGCACAGUGAUUGCAGUUACACUCUGCCAGCUUCUCUGGUCAUUCUUCCCUCUCUGGAGUCUGUCGCCGCUUCUUCUGUACCUGGGGACUUCUCUGUGUUUCCUUUGCUCCUAUCGGGGAGUCUUAAGACAGUUUGCAAAGUCUGAAGCUAGCCCUUCCUUACUCGGAUCAUCUGCCUCCUCUUGUAGAAGCUGAUAGGACUUCCAGGGUCCCCAGACUUUUUCCAAACCCUAUACCUGGCUGGAUCCCAAACUUUCAUUAACUGGAAUAUGUAGGACAAAUUAAUCACAAAAGGAUUUAUUCUUGCUAAGUAGUCAUUUGUAGGAGAAAAAAGAAUCAAAUCACAAGUAUUUUCUGAAACUUAUGAGAUAAAGAAAAAGAAAUGCUUUUCCCUGCUUGGUAACUUGUAAGCCUUGUUUAUGAAAGACAUUUUUUAAAAAAUCUUUCAAUUUACAUAGAAGAUGAAAAUUGAAGGAUGGAAUGUGAUUACAGAGCAUGAAAAAUAUGAUUAUCCUCCUGGUUUGUGUGGUUCAUGCUUUAAAAGGUUUUAUACUUUUUGUCACAGUAGCAAAUCUCUGAUGGAAUAGCAUUGUUUAAGGAACUAUCAGGAUCACAAUCAUGGUGCACUUACUCCAUCUUGAUUUAUUUUUUUGUAAGUUUGACAUGGCUUUAGCACUGUUUGCUCAUAACAUUCUCAGCAAGUACAACACUACACACAUCAUAUUCUUAUUUUGAUAGCUAUUCAUGAGAGAUUUUGUAUUCGCAGUUGUACUAAGAUCAUCAAAUAAUAGUUUGCUGUGCUUAUAUUUUAUAUUGAGGUCACUACAUUUAAGAUUUAAUGUAGUCUAUAGUUAGAUUCAAUUGAAUCUUAAAUCAUUACAAAAUGAGAACUUAAAGGCUAUAAAAAAUAAAACAAGAAACUUUAAUGAAAAGUAGAUUCUGUUAUUGUUAUGGAAAUGCUGACUUUUAUAAAUAUUUAUUACUGUAGAUAACCAGAAAGCCACUACUUUUCAUCCGUUUUAAAUAUAAGUUAAUGUUGGGUAUUUAUUCUUUGCCUUCUGAAAACAGAUAAUUCUAACACAGUUCUGCCCUCUUUUCAUUAUUUAGCAUUUAUCCCAUUCCUUGGGUAUUUUUCUGAUCAAGAAACAGAACUUCCAGCAAUAAAUUAUUUUCUAAUUUAGCACAUACAAAAAUUAUACAGUUUCAAGAGUUUUUGCUGAUUAAAUAUUCCAUUAUGAAGUCCUCUAAAUUACCCAGUGUUUUAAAUGACAACAGAUAAAAAGCAAAUAAAUAGGGAGUCAAGAGUAAGAACGUAACUUGACUUUUUAGCAAGAAAUGUCUUUGUCCAAUAAAGAUACACCAGUGCAUUAUUUAUUAAAAGUAGGUGAUAAGAAAGAUAGAAUGUUAUUGGCAGUAGAGAGCCAGUCUCAGUCAGAAAGACCUGGAUUCAAGUCCUCCUUUUGACAUUCAGUAUGUGACCCUAGGCAACUCAUUUAACCUCUCAAUGUCCUUGGCUACUUUUUCAGACUCUUUAAGUUGCUGAUGAGCACUAAUAAAUGCAGUUUCCUCCCUUAGGAUUCCCUACACUACACCAAUGAACUCAACAGGUCUGGCAAAAAGAAAAGGUGGGAGUGGGCGGAGAUGUUUGUAACAAAGAUGUAUUCUUUACAGUGGAGUUUACUGGGCAGUAAUGUUAGUCUUUUCUGUGAAAAUUUCAGUUUUGGGGACUGACAAAGACUUUCUAGAUAAAUUUUUUCUGUGAAGAUUUUGCUUGCUUGUUGGUACUCCCUGCUGCUUUUACACUGGCUGUGAGAGUAUGAACCAAUGCAUGUGCCAAAUCCAUUUGUAUCCAUUGUCUCCUGUGUAUCACCUGCUGGGUUAAAAUUGUUUUGGCCUUUUAUGUAUCAUGUUGAAGAUUCAUGUUCUGGAAAAACAAAGAGAUUCGUGUUCUGCUUAAGUGCCAUGUUCAGUCGUGUGAGAAGCUUGGACUGCCACAGAGAUUAAAUCACUUAACCUUUGGGCAGCAUAGAGUAAUGGGGACAAAAAACACGAGAAUAAUGGUGAGGAGAGCCCAGGUCCUCGUCCUGGCACAUGCUUCCUGGGUAUGUGAUUUGGGGCAAGUCACUUUACCUCUCUAGGUUCUAGCUUCCUCCCAAGGAAAUUGAUGGGGUUGGACCUGAGAAUACCUGAGAAGGUAUUGCCUCAUUGCACAUAAGUGGUGAUUCACAUAGGUAUUCAGAUUUGGGGAAUUAAAGAAACAGAAAAAGCCUCACACUAACUUGAUUUAACUAUGCUCUUUACUGAUGGUAUUACAAACCAGCUUAGUAGAUGUACUCAUACAGAAAGGGUACAAGACCUGUAUGCCUUCUGUUUUAAUUCCUGGUUUCUCACUUUGUCCUAGUUUGGGGAAAUGAAGCCAGAUAUGUAGAUGGCUAAGCCACAGGUGGUAGGCAGUGUCCAGGAAGCUGUCUUUCUGUCCCAGCAUAAAACCCAAUAGCACUCUAACAGCUGUGGGCAAUCUAGAACAAAGGGGGCUAGCUGCACUAGGGCUAGCAAACUCUAGCUGCCUUUGAAUACUCCAAACAUGAGUAGGUCAAACAAACUAAAACCCAGAGAUUGUCAUGAUUCCUUUGGAGUCAGGACCUACACUCAGUUAUUCAUCAAUCACUCUGGGUGUACCUACAUAUCCUUCACCCUUUCUGGGUGAAAGAGCUAAUCAGACUAACUACACAUUCAUAUAGGUAUCACUGAUUUCCAAAUUAACCUUCCAGAACAUUGCAUUUACUUUAAAACUAGUUCUCAAAUGGUUUUACUCAGAAAUUUUACCUUUUCUUACUAUAUUCUUUAUCAUUCCUGUCCUCUGAAAGAGGAAGAAAAAAGUUUAGCAGAAUUCAACAUUAUUGAAAUUAUGGAAAUUAGGAAGUGGGAAUAUUAUGGCUUGACCAUCAGACCAAGUUGAUGAUCAUAUCCUACACAAACAUUAGUAAAUUCAGUUCUCAGGGUCAUCUUUACAAUUCUUUCCUCAUGGAAGUCUCCAUCUUUGUUAGAGUCAUUACUUCUUCUAUAGCCAUUGUGCUUAAAUUUCCUAUAUCUGUGAGACUCAUACAAAUUGUAACCGGGACCUAGUCUUACUCAAUAUUCUCAAGCGUAGGUUCUUUUCUAAACUAAUAAAUUAUUGUCCCUCACAAUAAAACUGCAAACAGAAUUUUAAUUUAUGAAUUUGCAAAAUUAUUCCAUUUGCCAUCAGCCUGUUAGGUCACGUAUAACAGUUCUAACUUUUUUUUUUUUUUGGCAAUGGGUUUAAGUGACUUGCCCAGGGUCACACAGCU